CGCGUGCGUACACGGCGUGUCUUCCUGGAGGGUCCGUGUCUUGCGUGACCUCUGCACUGACGUUUAACCCCUGACCUCAUUUGCAGGGUCCCCCCGUUUCCCGCCUCCUGGAGCCACUCGGGUUAUUAUAGUGAACUCUGGCUAUCAUAGGAGCCGCACUACUCUGACCUGCUCAAAGAAAAAGAAAUGGGUGAUGAGGACAGCAACUCCAGCCUCGAGGCUGGAUUCCCAGUGGGCAUAGAUCUACGAACACGAGUUCUUCAGUUUGUAGAAGACAGAAUGCAAACUACUAUGCUAACUGGAAUAAUAAUUGGCGCUGCAGUGGCAUUGCCCCUUAUAGGGAUUUUUGUGUUUGUCGUUUACAGAAAGGUGAAGCAAUCUAGACAACCUCAGCCCCAGGUGCCUCAGUACAGAUUUCGCAAGAGAGACAAAGUAAUGUUUUAUGGGCGGAAGAUCAUGAGAAAGGUGACAACUCUCCCAAACUCUCUGGUUGGGAACAUGGUGCCUCGUCAAAGGAUGCGGAAAAGAGCAAAAGUUUUGUCUUUGGCUAAGAGGAUUUUGCGUUUUAAGAAGGAGUCUCCAACUCUGCAACCAAAGGAGCCGCCUCCCUCCCUGCUGGAAGCAGAUCUAACUGAAUUUGAUGUGAAGAAUUCCCACUUGCCAUCAGAAGUCCUGUACAUGCUUAAAAAUGUCAGGGUUCUUGGCCAUUUUGAGAAGCCUCUCUUCCUAGAGCUGUGCAAGUACAUGUUUUUUGUGCAACUGCAUGAAGGCGAAUACAUCUUCCGUCCCGGGCAGCUGGAUAACAGCAUCUACGUCGUGCAGGAUGGCAAGCUAGAAGUUUGCAUUCAAGAAAAUGAUGGCACUGAAGUGGUCGUUAAAGAAGUGCUGGCAGGGGACAGUGUUCACAGCCUCCUCAGCAUUCUUGAUGUUAUCACAGGCAGCCUAAAGCAUUGCGUGCUGUGGCCUGUAAUUCCAGCAGGGUGAGUGAAUCCCACAGAGGCUGAAGAAGAAGGUGGACAUUGUCUUGGGCUCAUGUAGCCUACAGGCUGCACUUUGACCGUCCUGUCCUCUCUUACACUUGCCAUCAUCAGUAGAACACCUGAAUAAAACCCCGCAUCUUGCCAUUUUAGGAUGUAGGUGAUGUCUACAGUGUAUGCAUCCUGAAAUACCUAGGCAGAGCACAUACAGUACCAAUGAUUGUAUUGUAGUUGCAGGCUGCUCAUAAGAAUCUACAACUGGAAUAUAAAUUGUUAUUGCUAUGUUAAAUCAAAGAAGUGUGUGUGGGAUUAUCAUGAGGAAUAAAUAACUUGUUUUCUGAGACACAUUUUUCUGGCUUAAUACUUUUGUAAUAGAGUUUUUUAGCUAUGAGUGUGCUGGUUCAGAGUCCUCUGCUUUUUAGUUUGCUUGUUGAGACUGUGCUAUUAAAUUUCUUUUAUUUGUAAUUCAUGCCAGUUUCCUGCUGUUUUCCAUUCUCACUAUGCUGUUUGUUGGAUUUGACCAAUCCACCAACUUUUGUCCCAUUCUGCAUUGUUUAACACCAGAGUCGUCUUGUGUUUUGCGGUCUAUUUUCUAGCCUUUACAGCAUUGGUACGUUAAUAUUUAUUAUGUUUAAUCUAGUAGUAGUUAAGGCUGGGUUUAUGAUAGAAUGUUAAUUAGAAAGUGUGCUGGUAGAAUGACUGACUAGUAAGAAUGUCAUUAGGUUUGGAACUAUGCUUCGCUCAUUCACUUUUAUAUGGAAAAUGUCUGUAAUUACUAAAACAAUAUUUUACCUCUG